AUGCCUAUUUGUGAAAUUUGUUUUAUUGAAGACAAACUUUUUAUUUGGUAUUCAUAAAAUUUAUUUCAAAAUACAGUCCUAAAUGCUCUAGAAAUAUUUGUUAGUUUUGUAAUAAAUUAAAUGAAUGUGAUGUUUGUGUUCUUAUUGAAAUGAAAUUCACAUUUGUAAUUACUGUUUAUAUAUUUUAGCUAUAUUAAUAACAUAAAACUUAGACUGAAGAGCAAGAGUAUUAACUAAGAUAAAUAAAUGAAAAGAUAAAUACGAUUAAUGAAGAGAUUUACUUAAUUUAGAAAGCUAAUUCUCUUCUAAAAAGAAAUAAAAAUUAGAAAAGCGAAUCAUUAGAGCUUUAAAUGAGUGAAACCAUAAUUGAUAAAUAGCAUGAACUUGAAGAUUUAGAAAGUGAAAUAGAAAACUAAAAAGUAAAGUAGAUUGAUUUCAUUAUGAUUUUAGUUGAUAAUGCAAAUGAAGAGUUGAAUAUUUUAACAAGUUAACAAUUAAAAUUAUCUACGUAAAAUAAGGAACUAGAUUUAAAAAUUAAUGAAGCAGAGAAAGAAUAUGAAGUUUUGCAAGAAACUCUAAAUUUAAAAAAAUAAUAAAUUUAUUAGAUUUUAUAAACAUUGAAAAAUAAGACUAGUUUAUUAAGAGGAAGUUAAGAGGAAAAGCAUUAUUCUUAAAGUAAUUUAAAAAUAACUCAUUCUAAUAAAUAAUAAAAGACAAUACCUGAGGAGGAAAAAGCAUAAAAAUCAGGGUAAAAAUAAUUAUUAGAUUUUAUAUAGAAUAUGUACUGGGUAGUGUAUAAUAUAAUGA